UUUCGCACAGGAUCCUGAAGAGCACCUCUUUCCCUCCUGCCUGGUCUGCCAACCCCUCUGAGGCAGAUUCGAUUAGUCUCUUCUCGUUCGCCUACCAAACUAGAGGGGUUGUGAUAGACAAGGAGGUGACACCAUCUCUCAGUAAUGCAGGGCUGGCUGCUGAGCUCUUGCUUAAGGGCAAAGGACUGCCCUUUGGAGUUUGCAUAGAGCUUGGGGGUUUUUUUACAAAAAAAAAUAUUUUUGGCUCAUGUACAUUAUCGGAUUAGAGCAAAUGGGAUACACUAGAACACAGAACAGGAUGCAUAGACAUCGGAGACUGCCAAAACAGAAUGUACCAUUGAUGGAGUCUGAAAAAACUAAAGCGGGAGACCUGUUUCCUGCAACCACCACCUCACUCAGUAAACUUUCGGAUCCUGCACCAGCCAGCAGACACCAUGAAGUCACAGAUUUUCUUACCAUGAGUAACGUCUCUGCAGAGGAGGAGGCAGAGGAGAAGGAAGAGGUCUUCCCUUCUCAAGAUACGGCCCUUCUCUUUGUUGUGGAAGAACAGGUGUGGAGCAGAUUGUCUAAUCCUUUGGAAAGAGAGACCUCUGCAGGACUGGAAAGCAGCCAGGGGGAUCCAGAGGCCUUGAGAGAACUUUCUAAGGGAGAAAGCAACUUCAGUGCACAAGAAACGAGUUCGCAGGGCCCCUCUUUGGAUUUUUAUCAAGGAGGAUGUACAGCAGCUUAUUCUUCAAGGGGUCUUCAGUCUUCUCUUUCUGGCAUAACCCCCUUGGAACAAGAUCCAUUUCCUCCCAGCAAGUUCAACGUGGAACAGUUGCAGGACCAUGCCAUUCCUCUUGGAUUUCCCCAAGCUCUGAACUUUUGUGACACAUUCCUUCAAACAAAGUAUGAGGAAACUAUGAGAACAGACUCUUUCCCUAUGCAAGAAGAAUCCAUUUGCAGAUGCCCCCUGGUGAAUCAUGGGAUUGCAAAAUGUCAUCAGAAUGCUGAGUCUUCUAAAUCUAGUUCAAAUGAAGAACAGUCAUGGGAACAAGAGGCCCAAAAGGGACUUGCUCAGAAAAUGAAAGCUACAAGGGGAAGUGAUGAUGAGAUGUCCUCAAAGGCUGCCAGAGAUGGUGGAGGACAGCCUAUUAUUUCCUCAGGAGAUGAGGAGAAAGUAAUAGAGCUAACAGGAGAAAAGAAUGACUUUAAAUCUUAUGCUUCUCCUAAAUGUUCUGAACUUUCUAAUGGCAGCGGAAUAAAUUCUGAUGCAACACAAGCGAUGCCUAAUAUCUUAUCUCCUUCACCCUCCGAGACAGUGAACAACCAUUCAGACACAAAGAAUCUGGAAGAUUUGGAGAAGAAAUCAUUUAUUUCCAGCAGCCUCCACCUCUGGGAGGAUGAAGAGAACACAGGAAGAGACCAUUCUCCUCCAAAAGAGGAAAUCCAAACUAAACAUGUGAAAAACAACACAGAUUGUAGUGAAUCAAAAUCCACACAGGAAAAUUUGAAAAAACCAGAGCCUGUAAAGAUGGAAGCGCUUGAGUUGGAAGACAUGGAGGCGGAGAAGGAAGAGGACAAUCUGAACUGGAAAGAAAUGGAGAAUGCAAUGAAAAUGGAGCAGGAGAGGUUAGAGUUAGAUCAGGAAGAUCCAGAAUGGGACGUGGAAGUACAGAAUAUAUCUAGGGAAGAGUUACAGGAAGAGACACCAGUUCAUUCUUUCAGACCUGGUUUGGAAACACUUUACACUCUGGAAAAUGACUCGGUCCUUUCAGAAUUCAAUAAGAACCAUUCUUUGGUUGAGUCUGAAGAACUGACCUUCCGCCUCAUGGAACUGUUCCCACAAGAUGGCUGUCCAGAGUCAGCUUUUAUAUUACCAGAACCCCAUUCCCAAUCAACAAAGGCAAACACUGUGCUGGUGAGUCAGAGCCCAAAGACACAGCCUGACAAUGGAGAAUGGAAACACUCUGGUGGAUGUGACCAUACUGACUGUGAGCAAAGCACUAAGAGAGGGAACUAUGAAAGCAAGGAAGAUGCCAGGGAUGGGGGUAGUAUGAGGGCUUUGGGUGGUGAAGGAAUCACAUUGCUUGUUGAUGAUUUAGCAGUAACUCCUGAUCCAUAUGACGUACAUGAUUCCCAGUUUGUGGAUCACCCUGUUGAUGAUGAAGGCUGUAUUCUGACCUCACCACCAGGGACCAUGAGCAUGCAGGGAGAUGCUGGCAAGGGAGCCAAAGACAGCACAGUAGAUUAUGCUAUGGUGGAAGAAGAAUCUGAUUCCAUACAAGAGCCACUGGACGCAGCAGUCUGCAAAAAAGCCUCAGUACUGAGCAGUGAAUUUAGAGAUAUCCAGGCCCACCAUAAAAAGACCAUCAGUAGCAUGGACUUCCAUGAAGAGACUGAUAGUUCUGUUCCCAAGAACCUCCAAAAGACGCUUCCAGAUAAGGGUCUGCUCAGUACAGACAAAGACAGUGUAGAGCUGAACCUUGUUUCAUCUUUGACCCCACAGAAUCCAGAGUCGCUCCAGACACAAGAUGCUGAUGGGAAUUAUCUGGAGAAAUUCCAGCAGCAUCUGAAGCCUCCUGUGAGGAGCUUUGUGUUUCCAGGCAAGGAAGCAGGAGACGAAACACUUAACACAGUGCAAGAAACAACUCUGUAUGAGCCGUCUUGCCUUGUAGUUCUUGAAGAGGACAAAACAGAAUGUGAACACCGUUCCGAGACUGCUGCUUCUCCUAUUGACACAGCAACUCAUCUGACUGAAUUCCCACAGCCUUUGUCCCUAGUUCCCUUCCCUGAUCAAACAGAGACCCAUGAAAGCGUUUCUGGUCAGUUCCAUCAAUCCUCCUCACCUACACAGGAUUGCAAACAGCCUGCCUGGUGUGGAACCCCUCCACCCAAUGCAAAUUCACAUGCCCAGCCCACAGAUCCUGAACUUGAUCCUAAGCAUCCCACUCAAACCCUAGAACAGCUGCCUUCUCCCAACCAAACUGGCCAGUUCUUCACCAUUCAGCCCACUUCUGUUGAAUUCCCUACAUUUUCAGCUCCCAUUACUGACACUGAAGCUUCUGUCCUACCACUAGCCUCAGAUCCUGGGCCCAGCCAUCUCCCAGAACAAGUGUUCACUUUUGACUGUUCUCCAUCCCUGGAGUAUGUUGCUGAACAUCCUAUGCCCAUGCCAAACCUUCUUCCACAAACCGGUCUUUCUGUAUGUCCCACUCCUAAUGCCAAUCUGUCCCUCCAACCCUUCCUAGCUGACUCCAGCCAGAUGAGGGAAGCUACAGCUCCUGAGCUUAACACUAGUCUCCUCCUCCCUCAGCUUCCAGACUUUGAUUUUAACAUGGAUCUCCAUCACCUACCUCCUGCAUCUGUCUCCAACCUACCUCCAACUACUGACGAGAACAAGUCUGCCCAGCAGUCAGUAGAGCCCAGCCUAGCAAUUAACUGUUUAGCAGAUGCUAAGAUGCCGAAGAAUUUGCCCACUAUUAACUUGGUCUCCCAGACCACGCAGUCUGUUCUUGAAGCCAAAAACCUUGCCCAGAUCUCGAAUGCCCAUGGCAGCACCGAAGAACCAACUCUAGUUCCUCUAACCAAGCUGGAGGACAAGCAAGCUCUGCAAGGCCAGGGAAACACACUGAGUGACUCAGGGGCCAGUCUGUUGGUCACCUGUUCCAAUUUAGCCAUAUUGAGAAAUGAUCCAUCAGCCCUAGACCCUUCCUGUACUCCUGAACCAACAGCUAACAUUAUGGACAAGAGUGAAGGUAAAUCUUCAUCAGACCACAGCUUCCAGCCUUCUCUGGAGAGCCAGGAAAUGCAUGAAGCUGUGGAGGGAAGAACGGCCAAGCAGAUCCCUCCUAUGUUAGCAUUCACCAACCCAAUCCACUUCCUCCAGUUUGGCCCUCCAUCCCCCCCAACUGCCAGGCACUCACGCAGGCAGCAAGCCUUCUCUCAGGGGCCACAAUGGCAACAGGUGGCUAUGGUAGACUCUGCAAUAAUGCGGCAGAUGGCAGAAGGCACCGGAAGGCUCUGGAAGGGCUCAGAAAAGCCAGAGGCGGAGCCAAUCCCCCCUGUGCCCCCAAGAAAGGAGAGGAAAGCCAAGCAUCCACUCUUGGAGAAAUCUAUAAGUUGUCCUAAUAGAAGUGUUAUUCAGUUGGAUACAAAAGAUCCAGAGCACAACUCAAAGACGCAAGAGGUGUUAACUAAAAUCCGAACAAAAAGCAAAGAUUGGCAUCGACAGGGCUUGAGGAAAAUCUCGAUACCAACAGAAAAUGCAUUAGCAGAAGCAAUAGCAUCUCUUGUCCCUUCAAGGGAGGAAGCCCUUGCACACAAAGAUCCGCCAGACCACUUGGAUAGAGCUCUGCAUGGAGAGAAGAAAUCUCCAGAAACAGUGGAAAAUAUCAAGAGAAGACACUCCAAAUUGAUCAAUUCAUCACGGCUGCUGUAUCAGGAAUACAGCGAUGUCGCACUGAACAAGGCCAUUCAAAACCAGAAGAGAGCAGAUUCCUUGUCUGAAGAACUAGAGCUUGUAUCCCCAGGAUCUCGAAAUUCCCCAAAAUUACGAAGGAAAGCACCCCAUUCCCAAGAUUCCUGCCUACAACGCCUGUCCGUCUCCUCUAGCGCAUCCCUCUGGCAGGACAUCCCCAUGGUCCGAGGGAGCACCAUGCUGCUAAGCAUGACUCGUGAAGAGCAGAAGUUGCAGGAGGCCAAGUUUGAACUGAUUGCAUCAGAGGCUUCUUACCUACGGAGUUUAAAUGUGGCCGUGGAUCAUUUCCAGCGCUCCCAGGAACUCCAAGCUGUUCUGACAAAUCAAGACAAACAGUGGCUUUUCUCCCGCUUGCCCGAUGUGCGAGAUGUUAGUGCCAAUUUCCUCUUUGACUUGGAGGAGAAGCUGGAGGAAAACAUGUUCACCUUCAACGUGUGUGAUGUAGCUUUGAAGCAUGCACCAGAAUUUCGCCGGGUUUACUUGCCAUAUGUGACAAACCAGACAUAUCAGGAGCAAACCUUUCGGAGGCUACUGAAUGAUGUUCCUCCCUUCCAGCAAGUCUUGGAGAAACUGGAAAGUGACCCAAUUUGUCAGCGCCUCUCCCUCAAGUCUUUCCUCAUCCUCCCAUUCCAGCGCAUCACACGACUGAAACUCCUUCUCCAGAACAUAUUGAAAAGAACACGGCCUGGUGCUGAUGAAGAAAUCCAAGCGACUCAGGCAUACGAUGCUCUUGAGAAGCUCAUCAAAGACUGCAAUGAAAAUGUCCAGCGCAUGAAGAACACGGAGGAGUUAAUCUACUUAAGUCAGAAUAUGGUGUUUGAAUGCAAGAUUUUCCCACUUAUCUCUCAGUCUCGGCGGCUGGUGAAACGUGGUGAGCUGACACAACUGGAGUACAAUCUGAGCUUGAAGUGGAAACUCACCACACGCCCUAUCUACCUGCACCUCUUUAAUGAUUUUCUGCUCCUCUCUCGGCCCAGGGAGAAUGGGCACUUCAUCGUAUUCGAUUAUGCUGCCUCCUCAGAAGUACGUGGAGAAAAGUGUGAAAUGAAACUGCAUGGAGCAAAUAAAAAUGUUUUCCGUCUCUUCCUGCUGCAGAACAAUCAGGGGAAAAAAGUGGAGUUCCUCUUCCGCACAGAAACGCAGAGUGAAAAACUCCGAUGGAUUUCUGCUCUUUCACCGCAGCAAGCAGAGCUUGAUCUUUUAGAUGACCCUGAUGCACCUCAGGUUCAGUGUGUGAAGUCAUGCAAAGCCCGUGAGAAUGAUGAAUUGGCGCUGGAGAAGGCAGAUAUUGUUAUGGUCUUGCGGCAAAGUACUGAUGGAUGGAUUGAAGGAGUGAAGCUUUCAGAUGGUGAGAGAGGCUGGUUCCCUUCUGAGCAGGUGGAAUUCAUCUCCAGCAAGCAUGUACGCCAGAUGAAUUUGAAAGAAGAGCAGCGUGUCAAGAAUGCCAAGCAACAGGUCUUCCGCAGGAAAUAGGACUACUUCUUCCCAACAUAAGACACACACCUCUGAUCAAAGUGACAUGGCUGCAUUAAAAAAAAAACCACCUCUGCAAAGGGGAAUGUUCAACCUGGCUGUACGGGAACUAUUACUUCUCAAAGCAAGCAGAACUCGUGGACAGAUUCUCUUUAUAUGAAUCACCCGAACUAGAAGAGGGAAGACCAGCUUUCUUUUUUUUACUGAAAAGAAAUACAAGAGAACUGAGAAAUGGAUGUCAGGACUUCUGGGAAUCUCUUCUUGACUCUGCAUGAACGCCUCACCUGGAAACUGCCUCAGCUUCUUGCUUUGCAAAAUUGCGUGUGUGUGUGUGGGGGGGGGGGUGCUACCUUCCUCACCAAAAAAAAGUGAGGCUAAAAUAUUAGUAUUUCAAAUGCUUUGAAUUCCUGGGAAAGAAGGCACUACAGCAGUGUGGGGGGAAAUGUAUUUUCUAGGCAUUACCAUGAAGAAGGGCUUUUCCCAUUCAAAACGUUUCAAUUGCUUUAACUGCCAAAUGUUCUCAGAGAGAAAAAAUUGCAUGUGUAUAUAAAGGACAGAAAUACCUAUGA